GAACAUGAGCAGUGUCGCGCGCUCCUGUGCUCGCGCUGAACGCGGUGGUCGCUCCUCUUUCGCGAGCCGGACGCUAUAACGGAGAGGAUUCACGCGCACGGAAGGGAAUAACGGCCACGCUUGCACGAGCGCUCCUGAGCCUCAAGUCCAAACUCACAGCCGGGAUAAAAGUCUGCUCCUUCUUCUUCCUCCUCCUCCUCCUCUUCUUCCUCCUCCUCCUCCUCUUCUUCUUCCUCCUCCUCCUCUUCUUCUCCUCCUCCGGUCUCUGAGUUCGCCGCGCGCGCUGAGAUGUUCCUCCAGGCGUUAGCGCGCGCCUGCGCCGGAUUGGUGGCCUGCACCCUGCUUGCCUUUGUCCCGCAGCCGGCCGCCGCAUCCCUCAGCCGAUCUGCACAUGAUGUGGACGAGUGCGUGGAGACAACGGACAACUGCAGCAUUGACGCUAUCUGCCAGAACACGUUCAAAUCAUACAAAUGCAUCUGCAAGUCCGGUUAUAAAGGAGAUGGAAAGUACUGUGAAGACAUCGACGAGUGUGAAAGUGAAUAUACUGGAGGCUGCGUCCACGAGUGUAUCAACAUCCCGGGGAAUUACCGGUGCACAUGUUACGACGGCUUCCGCUUAGCACACGACGGCCAUAACUGCCUGGAUGUAGACGAGUGUUCGGAGGGUAAUGGUGGAUGUCAGCAGGUGUGUGUGAACAUGAUGGGGAGUUAUGAGUGCCGCUGUAAAGAGGGAUUCUUUCUGUCCGACAACCAGCACACUUGCAUCCAGCGACCCAAAGUGCGUAUGAAUGGGACAAAGGAAGGCCCCACUUGUAUGGACAAAAACCAUGGCUGUGCUCAUAUCUGCAGGGAAACUCCAAAAGGAGGCAUCGCCUGUGAGUGCAGACCAGGUUUCCAGCUUACCAAGAACAACCGCGACUGCAAGUUGACCUGUAACUAUGGCAAUGGCGGCUGUCAGCACAUCUGUGAGGAGACAGACCAUGGGCCGCGCUGUUCUUGCCACAUGAAGUUCGCCCUGCACUCCGAUGGCAAGACAUGUGUAGAAGAAAGGAGUAUCCAGCAGCAGCUACAUCAGCCACAGCUGUUACCCAAUGAGACGUGUGCAGUGAAUAACGGAGGAUGCGACAGCACGUGUCACGAUGCUCUGACAGGGGUGCGCUGCAGCUGUCCAGUCGGAUUCACUCUCCAGCCUGACCGUAAGACCUGCAAAGAUAUCGACGAGUGCCGCAUGAGUAACGGCAGCUGUGACCAGAUUUGCCGGAACACAGUAGGAAGUUUCGAGUGUAGCUGCAGGAAGGGCUACAAGCUGCUCACCAAUGAGAGGACCUGUCAAGACAUUGAUGAGUGCUCAUUUGACCGCGCGUGUGACCACACCUGUGUGAACUCUCCAGGCAGUUUCGAAUGUCAGUGUCACAAAGGCUAUGUUCUGUAUGGAGUUGCUCACUGUGGAGACAUCGAUGAGUGCAGUAUAAACCGUGGCGGCUGUAAGUAUGGCUGUGUGAACACAUUAGGCAGCUAUGAAUGUACCUGCCCACCUGGAUACAAACUGCACUGGAACAAGAAGGACUGUAUAGAGGUUGUGAAGUGUCCGUCCAGCCUGGUGGCGCCAAAAGCAACACUCUCUUGCAGCAAGACAGGCAAAAAGGAGAGUUGUUCACUGACCUGUGCAUCCAAAGCACACUAUCUCGCAGAGUCUGACAACAGUUACACAGUCAGCUGUGGUGUCCGGGGAAAAAGCCAAAGCAGACUGAACUCCAGCCAGAGCUGCAUAGAGACUUUGGCUUCUCCAGUGAAGCAGACGGCCUCGUUCCGAAUCAAGAAUGCCAAAUGCCACCUGCACCCCAAACUCAGGGCACGAGCAGAAGACGGAGGCAAGCAGAUUGGGCCAGGUGGGUCACUCUGCAACAACUGCCAAGUCACCUUCGUCAAUCUGAAGUGCGAGUCCUCCAAGAAGGCCAAAAUUCGCCAAACGCGUAACCCGUCUAAUAAAGAGGUCACGCGCAUCACGCUGGAACUAGAGGCAGAGAUAAAGCCUGGAGACACUACCGGGAGCUGUGACCUGAGCUGUGUGAGGAAACAAAUGGAGCAGAAGAUGAAGUCUUCCAUCAAGGCACUGAAGAAGUCCAUUAACCAGGAGAGGUUCCUGAUCCGUGUGGCUGGUCUCGAGUACGAAGUCGCUCAGAAGGUCACACAGUCCAUCGACAAACAGGAACACUGUGGCCCUGGGAAAGAGAAGGACAGCGGCCGAUGUGUCAGAUGUUUGCCUGGUUCUUAUUAUCAUGGUGAGAUGGAGCGCUGUGUGCAGUGUCCUCCUGGAACCUUCCAGGAGCGUGAGGGUCAGCUGGCCUGUGACCUUUGCCCUGGAGAAGAUCGCCAUGGCUCUCCGGGUGCCCGUAACAUCACUUCCUGCUCAGGUCAGUGUGCACCAGGAUAUUACUCCAGCGAUGGAUUUAAACCGUGCCAGCUGUGCCCUCGAGGCACAUACCAGCCCGACCAUGGAAGAACACUCUGCUUCCCUUGUGGAGGUGGCCUAGACACAAAGAGAGAGGGCUCCAGCUCCUUCCAUGACUGUGAGGUCAAAGUGUCUUGUCCUCCGGGACAUUACUACAACACCUCUGUGCAUCGGUGUAUCCGCUGUCCUGUAGGAACAUAUCAAAUGGACUUCAAACAGAAUUACUGCAUCUCCUGCCCUGGAAACACCACCACAGACUUUGAUGGUGCAACUAGUGUGUCUCAGUGCAAGAACAGGGAAUGCGGCGGUGAAAUCGGGGAAUAUAUUGGCUACAUUGAGUCUCCAAACUACCCAGGAGAUUAUCCUGCUAAUGUGGACUGCGUCUGGACCAUUAACCCCCCGAGCAAGCGCAAAAUCCUCAUCGUCGUGCCAGAGAUCUUCCUCCCUUCUGAGGACGACUGUGGAGAUGUGCUGGUGAUGAGGAAGAACUGGUCAGUGACCUCCAUAACCACGUAUGAAACGUGUCAGACGUACGAGCGGCCCAUCGCUUUCACAGCUCGUUCACGACGCCUCUGGAUCAAUUUCAAAUCCAACGAUGUGAACAGUGCACGCGGUUUCCACAUCCCUUAUGUUACAUACGAUGAGGACUAUGAGCAGCUGGUGGAAGACAUCGUGAGAGAUGGAAGACUUUACGCCUCAGAAAACCAUCAAGAAAUCCUGAAGGACAAAAAAUUAAUCAAGACGCUCUUUGACGUCCUGGCGCACCCGAAUAACUACUACAAAUACACUGCUCGGGAUUCCAACGAGAUGCUGCCGCGCUCCUUCAUCCGGCUUAUCAGCAGCAAAGUCUCAGCCUUCCUCCGACCGUACAAGUAGCCGCUAACGCUCAGAGGCUUUACGCACUUCGGCUGACUCUGACAGCAGGCUUCAGUCUAAAGGAUUCAGCACACGCUUUGUUUAAAAAUCCAACCAGGCUUUUGACUUUUACUCGCUUCACUAUGCACAUUUGGUUUUGAAUUUCUGUGCUGUUUAUCAUUCCUUUCCAAUAAGAAGAGGGCGAUUGGGUGAAUAAUUGCAUCAUACAUUUGCAGCAUAUGAGGGUGUUUUUUUUGUGCUUUUAGGUCCUGUCUGAUAUAUAUCAGAAUAUACAGUGUAGAAGGUGUAAUAUUCCUGUGAGCACCACAAUUAUUGCGAUAAUUUGUCCUAUUGGUUAAUUUUAAAUGUCAUGCCUUGACUGUGCCCCUAAAUAUGGCCUUUUUUGUUCCACAUGAAGUUUGACAUCUUGUAUAUGACUAGAACAAUCCCUAAAAGACAUAGUGAAUGUCUGUCUCAUCAUUUUAAGCGUGUUUGUGCUCACUGGAAUAUCGCACAUUUGGGUAGAGUUGCAAAGUUUGUGUAGUGCGUGUGUGUAUGAAAGGUGUCGUUUUGCCACUUAGCAAGCUGUGAGGUGAGCUUCAGAUUCAUUUCGCCGUUUUCUGAAGCACCUCGCACUAACUUUGUAUAUCCAUCGUAUUUCCGUCGUUUCCACGCUCUCAUCCCACUUUACUUCAUAUCAUACAUUCCGUGUCAUUAGUGUCAUCAUAUUUCAGCUCUUAGAGCAUCUUUAAUCUUCCUGCCAUGCUGUUAAAACAGUACAUUCCAACGUUGUAUUACUAGUUCUCGGGUUUCAUAUUCGUUUACGACCAUAUAUUGGAGUUAAUUUAACGAAGCGUAGAACACGUAGUGCAUUAUUAUGAGACUGAAAUGGAAGAGUUACGGGAAGAAACAGUGUUUAGUGAGCGGUUCUGCAGAGAAUGAGGCUGACAUACGUGAUUUUUUUUUUUUUGGUGGGUUUUUUUUGUUUUGUUUUUCGUUUUUUUUUUUGCAGGACAUGCGAUUGCUGCUUCUUUGAUUUAAAAAAAGUCACUUUAAACCUGCUACACUAAAUUCAAACCUUUUGACCUUUUCCACCCGAAGGCCCUCAAAGGGAAAUUUCACCUAAUUUUUUUUUUUUCCGCAUACCUGUAUAUAAUUUAGCUAACAUUAGGCUACAGAUGAUUGGAAGUGCAUUCUCACUAGCCGUUACUUUUGACUCCUAAGAGUUCUCACUGGAGGGUGUAGAGUAGGACACAGUCAUGCUGUUUGAUUUCCGAAACAGACCGUAUGCUGUCUGAAAAUCUCCACUGUGAAGAUGUAGCACACACGACAUUUUUUUUUUUUUUUGCCAGGUCACAGCAAUGUGUACAGUAUAAACACAAAUCUUGUGUCAAAUUACCCACUCAGACGCUCUUCACAGCAAGGGUAUGACACAUACACAUCAUCAUAAUGUAUGAUGCAGUUUAGCGUACACCUGUGGAUGCCUGCACUCAUCAUACACAAACUCCAAACACAAUUUGUGUGCCUUACAAAUGUGUUUAAUGUUCCCGUGGGUUAAAUGGAGAGAGGGGUGAAAAAAAAAAGUCAAACACACUUAACACCAGGUGACGUCUCUCCAUGGUAGGAUUUUUUAUUUUUUUUGUAUAUUGUAAAUAUUAAAUGAACGUAGACUAACGUCAAGUCUAAGAGCUUAAGCCGAUCCCAAAUAACAGCCUUGUAUUAAUAAUAUCCCUUAAUAAUAUGUUCAGGGAUUAAUCUUUUAUUGUGCCCUCCUGAACCGAAGCUCGAUUCCGCCAAUAAAAAUGUACAAAAGGAUUUUUUUUUUAGUUUGAACUGGUGUGUAAAGAAAAAUAUUUUAGAUUCUUUUGUGGGGUUUUUUUUUUGUUUUUUUUUUAAUGAAAUACUUUUUUUUAUAAUGUUUAUAUCACAACUAAAAUAAUUUUUGCCCCCAGGUUCUCUUCCAAAGACUGGCCCAUACGUGCAAUGAAUUAUUACUUAAAACAUUAAUUCUACCAAAAUAAAAAAAAUUUUAAAUGCACCAAUUUUGCAGAUUAUACAUUAUAUCAAAUAAACUACUAAUUCAGUGUAUAAUUCCCGAGCCUUUAUUUGAGAAUGAAAGGAUAUAACAAAACUUUUUUUCCCUCAUGACCACCCAAUAUUAGGCUAAAAUUGUAGACAGUUGUGCCGCGAGACAGGAACCCAGAAUCUUUUCAUUUUUUAAAGCAGGUGUAGGCUUUUUAUUCACACCCCUGAUACAAAAUACAAAGUUGUGUGUGUUUAUAACCUUCCUGCAAAAGGUUCAUCUCAGUGCAGCUGGAUCUGGAGGAAAAAGGAAAAGAAUCAUUGGUUAAAAUAUUUUUUUUCAAUGAAAAAUGUUGUUAUGGCAAAUUAACAAUCUUUAUUGAAUGUCCAGAAAAGUAAAUGCAAAACUGUCAUUAGUGUAAUUUACCCUCUGUGAGAAUUUUCUUUUCUUUUUUUACCUUUUUUUUUAAACUGGCUGCCUGAAGAAUUUUUUUUUUUUUUAUUUCAUUUUAUUUUAUUUCAUUUUAUUUUAUUUUGUUAAUUUCCUUUGAGAAAUGACUUGGCCACGGUGUUGCAUGGAGUGGGUAAUGGUAUUUGCACUUGAAAUUGUUUAUGCUCAUGUAAAAAUGUCUGGAUUUUGUAUUGUCUUUUUAAAUGAAAGGAAUUGGUGUUC